UGAUACUGUUGGAAAUUAUGGCGUUCUAUUGAUAAGAGUAUCUCAAAGUCUCCAAAUAAUAUUAUUAAUGAUUUAACUAUUCUUAACUCAUUUAAUGUUUCUCCCCCUAUUUAAUGAAAAUUGGAUUUAAUUUUUAUAAAAACAAAUAUGCUCGAAAUGAUUUGGAUAUUUUUUGGUUUACUUGCAUUAAUAUGUAUUAUUCCUAUUUUGAUUAUAUAUUUUUUAAUAAAGCACUGCAUUAAUAAGAGAAAACAAAUAAAAAAUGAUGAUGAUUCAUUAAGGGUUGCUUUUUUCCAUCCAUACUGCAAUGCUGGUGGUGGAGGUGAAAGAGUCCUGUGGUGUGCCAUACGUGCUAUUCAGAAUAGGUAUCCUAAUGUUAAAGUUGCUGUGUACACUGGUGACCUUAUUGCUUCACCAAAUGAAAUUCUUAAUAAAGUUACCAAGACUUUUAAUAUUACUUUGAAAAAAGAUAUUGAAUUUAUCUAUCUUCAUAAACGACAUUGGGUAGAAGCUCCUAGGUAUCCGUACUUUACUCUGUUGGGGCAGUCAAUAGGAUCUGUCAUACUUGGCUUUGAAGCUCUAUUUGCUUAUCUUCCAGAUAUUUAUAUUGACAGCAUGGGGUACUCUUUUACUCUGUUUCUUUUCUCAUAUAUUGGUAAAUGCACAACUGCCUGCUAUAUUCAUUAUCCAACCAUUACAAAAGAUAUGAUUAAACGUGUGACUUUAAGAAAUACAGCUCGGAAUAACAGUUCUACUGUCGCUCGAAGCCCUUUCUUAUCUUCUGCUAAAUUAAUUUAUUAUCAGAUAUUUUCCUGGCUAUAUAGCUUUUGUGGAAGUUUUGCUGAUACUGUAAUGGUGAAUUCAUCUUGGACUGAAGAUCAUAUAAAUAGUUUAUGGAAUUGUAGUUUAUCCACCCAUAGAGUAUACCCCCCUUGUGACACUGUAUCCCUGAAAUCAGCACCAAUGGCUCCUGACAUAAGUGAAGGAGGCGAAAUCAAAAUUGUAUCAGUUGGUCAAUAUCGCCCUGAGAAAGACCAUCCUCUCCAACUCCAAGCAAUCUAUGAAUUAAGAAAUCUUCUUUCUGAACAGAUAUUUGAAAGGGUUAAAUUGGUGUUUAUUGGUUCAUGUCGGCACAAUGAGGACCAUAUUCUUGUAAAAGAUAUGCAAGAUUUGUGUAAACACCUUUCUCUUGAAAAUAAUGUUGAAUUUAAGAUCAAUGUACCAUUUGAUGAACUUAAAAAGGAGCUACUGUCUAGUGUUAUUGGCCUUCAUGCCAUGUGGAAUGAACAUUUUGGAAUAGGGAUUGUUGAGUGCAUGGCAGCUGGACAAAUAAUGGUAGCGCAUAGAUCUGGUGGUCCUAAAGCUGAUAUUAUAGAGGAAUCUGAGGGUAGUCGAAAUGGUUUCUUAGCAUCUGAUGAAAAUGAAUAUGCCAGAGCCUUGGCAGCCAUAAUUAAAAUGUCACCUCAAGCUAGAAAUAAAAUAAGAGAAGCUGCUAGAUCAUCUGUAGACAGAUUCUCUGAAGAAGAAUUUGAAAAUGGUAUUCUGAGAACACUUGAUCCACUAUUUUCUCAUAGACUUAAGGAUGAAUAAGGAAUUUAUUAAUGGAUGUUUAUUGAUAAACUGAUAUUUACUUCAAGCAUUAAAAGAAAAAACAAAACAGAAAAUUUCUUAUGAAGAUAUAAUCCUUCAUGAUGAUUGGCUGUGAAUAGACUGUUUCAGUGACUUUUUGAUCAACAAACUGGAAGUAUAGUCUAGCACUUAUGAUAUAUUGUUGAUUUAUUGCAAAAAAGUCAUUAAGUGACAUUUCAUAACUUUAAAUCACUAUUGAUGAAACUUCUCUUUAUGAAUUCAGAAAAUUGUUUGCUUGUUGUAGCUCUAUAUUUGAUACAUAAAAGUGUUUGUGUCACUUUAGUGCACGUACUUUGUAAUUUUUAUCAAUAAAUAAGGACGGAAUUCACAAAAAUGUUCUUAAAAAAUCAGCUCCAUCAACAAUAUAUUUUUUGUAAUAAACCAACAAUAUGUCCUUUAUAAGAUGUAGUGGUGGAUUGAAAAAUGUUUUGGCUCUUUCCUUUCCUUUAACAAUGGUAGCUUAUAUCAUAUAAGAAUGGAAAAUAGUUGCCGAAAUGUCAAAUUGUUAAAAUAAUUACCAAUGAUGUAGAAAUGAAUAUAAAGUUAUUAAAAAGAAGAAAAAGAAAAGAAAUAGGAACUUUUUUUGUAUUUCCUAAAUACAUGUUACAGACUAUAUAAACUUAACAAUUUAGUUAUAGUCAUAUGGGAAAUUGGAAAUAGUUUAAAUUGUGAAUAUGUUUAAUAUUAAUAUUUUUAUAUUCAAAUAAAAGUUAAUUGUUCAGUAGGAAUUUUCUUUCUUUGUAGGC